UCCUCCUCUUACUCUAGCUUGUUCCGGGAGCCAGAGCGCGCGCCACACAGACCGUCGGCUUUUGAAUCUGAAUCCUCACUACCCAACUUGUAAACUAUCAGCAGCCACCGGCGAACGGAGCAGCCGAUCGUGAGCAACAGGGAUUGAACUCUACCUUCCUGCUGGAGCGCAGCGACUGCCCGGUUGGAGCAGCGCCCGCGCCCCACCCGCCAGGCCUGGGCGAGGGCGCCCCCCGUCGUCUCUCCGCGUAAGGAGGGCGCCGCCUCUCCGUGGUUCCCCGCGGAUCCAGCUGCCCACCUGCUACAAACGAAAAACAAGGAAGCAACUCCUGGUCGGGAGUUGUGGGAUUUUUUCUCAGCCCCGCCGAGGCGCGGGACUCGUGUCCUGGGUGCACCCGGCGCCAGCGCCCGGUGUCGUCCAGCCGGCCGCCCGGGACCGCAGCCCUCUGGCCCGCUGCUGGGGCUGCCCGCCCCGCCUUCGCCCUGCAGUCGCCUGUCCCGGGCGGUGGGGUGAAUCCGGGCCCUGGUCCAGGGGUCUGUCUCUGCGGGCCAUCCCUCGCUCGGACCUGAGGAGCGGUUAGUGGACCCAAACCUGAGGGUCCCCUUACGGCUGGGACCGAGAGUGGCAUUUGCGGGUGGGGGUGGGGACCCGCGAGGGGGCGCCGCUCUAGGCAGGGUCCCGCUGCGCGAGCUUCCACGCCGGGGAGAGCGCGGAGGGACGGCGGCUACUGUCCCCGCGCCUGCUCCACGGAACCUUCCCGCCCAGCCCUCUGCGCUGCGCGACCAUCGCUCCCCAGCCCUCGGCCCCGUUUCUUUUUCUCGGAGGCAGGGUUUUCUUCUCCUCCACCCGUUGCCCUUCCCGGGAGCCGCGCAUCCUCACCCGCUCCACCCGCCUGAGUGCGCCCGGCCGCGGAGGUGGGCAGGAGAGCGAGCGCGGCGGCUCCCCGCGCCCCGGCUGCCGCCGGCACCGCGCUCCGCAGCCCCUGCGCGCCGCGCGCCGGGCACCGUCGGAGCGGACGCCACAGGACGUGCCUCCGGGGACCUUCCAGGGCCCACUCCGGUCGGCGGGCUAGACAAUCACCGCACCGACUGGCUGCACGCCUCUUGCUUCCACGUUUCAGCAGAAACGCGAGAGUCGGAUUCUUGUUGUAGUUGCUGAAAAUGGGUCCAAUAGGUGCAGAGGCUGAUGAGAACCAGACAGUGGAAGAAAUGAAGGUGGAGCAGUAUGGUCCAGAGCAAACCACUCCUAGAGGUGAGCUGGCCCUUGACCCCAAGCCAGAGCUUAUAGACAGCACCAAGCUGAUUGAAGUACAGAUUGUCCUUAUAUUGGCCUAUUGCUCCAUCAUCUUGCUUGGGGUGAUUGGCAACUCCUUGGUAAUUCAUGUGGUGAUCAAAUUCAAGAGCAUGCGCACAGUAACCAACUUCUUCAUUGCCAAUCUGGCUGUGGCGGAUCUUCUGGUGAACACUCUGUGCUUGCCAUUCACUCUUAUCUACACCUUAAUGGGGGAGUGGAAAAUGGGUCCUGUUCUAUGCCAUCUAGUGCCCUAUGCCCAGGGCCUGGCAGUACAAGUGUCCACAAUCACCUUGACAGUAAUUGCCUUGGACCGCCACCGUUGCAUUGUGUACCACCUGGAGAGCAAGAUCUCCAAGCGAAUCAGCUUCCUGAUCAUUGGCUUGGCCUGGGGCAUCAGUGCCCUGCUAGCCAGCCCCCUGGCCAUUUUCCGUGAGCAUUCGCUGAUUGAGAUUAAUCCUGACUAUGAGAUCGUGGCCUGUACUGAGAAGUGGCCUGGUGAGGAGAAGAGCAUCUAUGGCACUGUCUACAGUCUUUCUUCCUUAUUAAUCCUGUAUGCUUUGCCACUGGGCAUCAUUUCUUUUUCCUAUACUCGUAUCUGGAGUAAACUUAAGAACCACGUCAGCCCUGGAGCUGCUAAUGAUCACUACCAUCAGCGAAGACAGAAAACCACCCAAAUGCUGGUGUGUGUAGUAGUGGUGUUUGCAGUCAGCUGGUUGCCUCUCCACGCCUUCCAGCUGGCUGUGGACAUUGACAACCAAGUCCUGGACCUGAAGGAGUACAAACUCAUCUUCACCGUGUUCCACAUCAUUGCCAUGUGCUCCACCUUUGCCAACCCCCUUCUCUACGGCUGGAUGAACAGCAACUACAGAAAGGCUUUUCUCGCAGCCUUCCGCUGUGAGCAGAGGUUGGACGCCAUUCACUCCGAGGUGUCUGUGACAUUCCAGGCUAAAAAGAACCUGAAAGUAAAAAAGAAAAAUGGCCCCAGUGACUCUUUCACAGAGGCUACCAACGUCUAAGGAAGCUCUGGUGUGGAAAUACAUGGUUGAGUUCUGACCAGAGCUGUAAAUCUGUUUGAGGUGGCCUCACAGGUGCAUCCUGAUUUCCAUUUUAAGGAGGAAAAAGAGUGUCUAAAUGGAAGCAUCUGCAGUGUCCUUCGUGGAAGCCAUGUUGGCAGAGCCUAGGUGAAACUACUUGUAUUCAGAGAUAGGACAACAAAACGGUUUGCAUACAGUUGCGUGGAUGGUAGGUUGACUUAGAAGUAAAAGCAGAGAGAAAUGCUUUUGACUAUUUCCCAGAGGGGAGGAAACCUGAACAAAGAAUUGUCAGUAUCAGCGUUGCUAAAAGAUGGGGAGUAAAUACCCGGACUUUCAAGUUGCUUUAGG